AUGAGUGACUACGAGGUGACUCUAGUCAAUGAUAAUAGUAUGCAAGAAUUCUACGUGCGCUUCAAGGGGCCUGAGGAGAGUAAAAAUCGUAUUGACCAAACCCAAGCCCCGUUCGCCGGUGGCCACUGGAAGAUCCACGUCGAACUCCCCGAUCAGUACCCCUACAAGAGCCCCAGCAUCGGUUUCGUCAACCGGAUUUUCCACCCCAAUAUCGAUGAACUCUCUGGCUCCGUCUGCCUCGACGUCAUCAAUCAGACCUGGUCCCCCAUGUACGACAUGAUCAACAUCUUCGAGGUCUUUCUUCCUCAGCUCCUCCGCUACCCGAACCCGUCCGAUCCUCUCAACGGCGAAGCAGCAGCCAUGCUCAUGCGGGAGCCCAAGACUUACGAUGCCAAAGUCAAAGAGUAUGUCGCCAAAUACGCUAGCAAAGAGGCCGUCGACGAAGCCGGCGAAGACACCGAGUCGGAAGACGAGCUCAGCUCCGCCGGAAGCUACGAGUCCGACGGCGAGGAACCGGCCGGUACGAUGGAUGAUGUUUAA